GGGCGGGAGUGAAAGGCACGCGUUGUGCUGCGUGGUGUCUGUGCGGCUGUGUCAGGCAUGGAGGAAAUUUAUGCCAAGUUUGUGUCUCAGAAAAUCAGCAAAACCCGCUGGCGACCGGUACCUCCGGGGAGCCUGCAGACCACCGAGACCUUCGCUACGGGCUCUUGGGACAAUGAGGAAAAUUAUGUUUCACUGUGGUCUAUUGGAGAUUUUGGAAACUUGGACUCUGAUGGAGGAUUUGAAGGAGACCAUCAAUUAUUGUGUGAUAUCAGACACAUUGGUGAUGUAAUGGAUCUACAAUUUUUUGACCAGGAAAGAAUUGUAGCUGCUUCAUCAACAGGAUGUAUAACGGUUUUCCUUCACCAUCCAAAUAACCAGACUCUGUCAGUCAGCCAGCAGUGGACAACAGCUCACUACCAUACAGGUCCUGGCAGUCCUUCCUGUAGCAGUGCUCCAUGCACAGGUGUUGUGUGCAACAACCCAGAAAUUGUCACAGUUGGAGAAGAUGGUCGAAUAAAUCUUUUCAGAGCUGAUCAUAAGGAAGCUGUGAGAACUAUAGACAAUGCAGAUAGCAGUACUCUCCAUGCUGUAACCUUCCUUCGAACUCCUGAGAUUCUUACAGUAAAUUCAAUUGGACAGUUAAAAAUAUGGGAUUUCAGACAACAAGGAAAUGAGCCCUCCCAGAUAUUAUCACUGACUGGUGACCGAGUGCCACUCCACUGUGUUGAUAGACAUCCCAACCAGCAGCAUGUUGUAGCUACUGGUGGCCAGGAUGGAAUGUUGAGUAUUUGGGAUGUUAGACAAGGUACUAUGCCUGUGUCUCUGCUGAAAGCUCAUGAAGCUGAAAAUAUCAUGCCAGAGAGGAUUAUAGCUUUAAAUUCUGACUUAAGAGAAGUUGGUAUCAAUCCCUGCUUGAAUAAAAGAACAAAGAGCAAACUUUAUACCAGUAUUUCAACUCUCAGUUUAAUGUGGGAAGUGCACUUCCACCCGUCCAACCCAGAUCAUCUGUUUACCUGUUCUGAAGAUGGGUCCCUCUGGCACUGGGAUGCCUCUGCAGAUGUAUCUGAGAAAUCAUCACUCUUUCAUCAAGGGGGAAGAAAUAGUACUUUUUUGCCUUAUAGCGUUAGUAACCAGACUAACGUUCCCCAGUCCCUCAUGAGCUCCUGGCUCAGCACUGAUCCUGCGAAAGACCGCAUUGAAAUCACAAGCUUGCUUCCCAACAGGACUUUAUCUGUGAACAGUUUGGAUGUUUUAGGUCCUUGUCUUGUUUGUGGAACUGAUGCAGAAGCAAUUUAUGUUACUAGACAACUUUUCUCAUGAAAUUACUGUAAUUAUAAUAAGAUCUCAGGUAAAACAUGUAAGUUAGCCUUUUGAAUUCCAACUUCUAUGCAAAUUUCUAUUAUUGGAAAAUGUGGAGUUUGCACAGGAAGCUUCCAUAAAUUUGUUAAUGUUGAUGCCUACUUUCAGCGUUUGUUAGGUGAAUAGUCCCCUAACUGUCUCAGAGUCUGAUAGAUGACUGAUGGCAAAGAAUUAGAAUGGGUGGAAGAAUAUCAGAGGAAUCUUUGUGCUGAUGAAUACACUGCCUUCAGACACACUAUUCUGGACAGCUUAUGGCACGAACUUUUAAACUUUAAUGUUGUGGCACUUAAUACCAUCAACCCUCAAGGAGUUCUGGCCUUUUUUCGACAGAUGGUAAUUAUGGAGGGUAUAUCCCUCCUUGGUGGCAUUAACCAAUGUUAAUGUUUAUUCUUUCUAUUACAAGGAUGAUUUUUUUUUCAAUUCUUACACAUUUUAUUUCCUUAAUAAUAUACUUUUUUCAGAAAGAACUGAGUAAAACAGAACUAACAAUUUUUGUGGUGUUCAGAUUAUUUUUAAAGGUGAAAAUGUUCUGACAGAUUCCUUUAUUACAGUGUUUGAAGAGACCUCGUCAACUGCUUAGACCCAACUUUUUCUUGAAAUGAAAAUACAUUUCCCUAAGAAUUUUUGCUUUUGUUUAAUUUUACAACUAAAUCACCAAACUGGACAUUGUACAAUAAUAUAGAAUUUGUCAUUGAUAAGUGAGCCAACUUCCCUAAAAUUUGAUGGGUGACAUAUACAUGAAGCCAGUGUGAUGAUAUGCAAGAGUAUAGAAUUGUGCCACCUUUAUCCUUUUCCAAAUGUUAAUAAUGACCUAAUAUGUCGUUUUUUAAGACAAUUUUAGGAUUGUCUUUACAUAGUUUGUCAGAUUAAAUACAUCAUUAAAAUGUUAAGACCUUAAUGAUAAAUUACUACUAUUACACAGUUGAAGUUUGUUUUCAUUUACUCUAUCUUCUGGUAAUGGUAAUUAUGGUAAUUUUGUGUUUCUGUCUUAAUAAGUAUUUUCAGUUAUUUUUAUGCCACCUUAUCUUAGGGUUUUUUGGUUUUGUUUUUUUGGGUCAAUAUUUUUAAAUGGAAUACACAUGUGCAACUGCUUUUGUAUAUAUAUAUUUGCUCAGAAAUAUUUUAUUGAAGAUUAGUAGUCACUUUGAAUUCCAGAUAAUCAGAGAAGUAAAGAAAUUGUUGCUGAUAGGAAUUUUUAAUCUGUAUAUAGUUUUAUUGUCAGGAAUUGUUCUUAAACUUUUCUGUUAUUACAUAAGUAAUUCAUAACAAAACAAUUAGAAUCAAAAAGAAAAUUUUAAGCAUUUAUCUCAGAGACAAUAGUUUUUUCAUACACUUUUUUAUCUAUCAACGUGUAUAAUUUUGUUGUAAAAAUGAAAUAAAUCAUACAUAUUUGUGGAUAUACAUUCCUUAGCGGUAAACACAUAUAUUUAAUAAUAAAAACAUAGCUAUGAAUUUUCCUUCGACUUUAUAUUUCCCUCUGUAUGAAUGUCUUGCCGCAGCCUAAGCUACAGUGUCGCCUCUCUUCACCAGUAUAGGCACCUACCAUUCUACUCUGCAGGCUAACAUUCUUGCUCUGGGUGGGCCCAGAGUCAUUCUCACCCCAGAAGACCCUAGAUCCCAGGUGGCACAUCUUCUACCUUCUGUGAAUGGUAAGCUUGUGCCUUUCCUUUCAUCUGCAUUAUCUGGUGUUACAAAAUUUGAAGGUUUCACAUAUGUUGUUAGCACCCUUCUCAGUUUCCAACAGCAAUAUACACAAUUUUCCUUGAUCAUACAGUAAAUAAUUAGUAGAGCAAUGGAGCCAGACAUGUAGGCUUAGAAUACCAGGUUGGACUGCAGACAAGUUUUAAGUUUAAGGUUUGCUUUGAUUUAGGGGCAUUUGUAACCAUGAGUAAAAGAAAGUAAAUUUGAAUAAUGUUACAUUUCCUAUCAGUAGAUGAAUUCUGCCAGAUUUAAUAAGAUACGGGAAUUUUAUGUAGUAUAAAUAAAACCUUAAGUUAGGAAUUUUUCAUUGUCACUUAGCGCUCUUAUUCAUGAAACUAUCAAAUAGUUUCUUUUCAGAGCUUUCGGAUCAUAGAUGAAAGAUACUUGGAGGGCAUCUCCAACCUAAGUUUAAUCAUCAUUUUCACAGCUUUCUGAACAAAUUACCAUCCAACCUCUUUCUCAACAAAUUUCACCCAACUUGAAAAUAUACCAUGUUAAAAUAUCCCAUUUCUCCAGCCUCCCCUCAUUUGUUCAGCUUUAAUUGAUACAGCAUUAUGGCAGGGUUUUAGUCUGUGAGUUGUAUCCAAAAUAAUCUUGUAAAAAAUGCAGAAUCAUGUUAUUGUGGGUUAAUGAAAUGACCAUGUGAACCUACUAUGAGAGAGCCAAUCACGAAUUUAUUGAAUUUGCUUUAUGUUGGGGUGCUUUACCGUAAGGUUUCACCAAAUAAAUUUUCAUGAAUGAGAUUUACUUCCAUUUGUCUUCUUCAGGAGCUACACAAAAUUUAAUUCCUUUAAUCAUGUACUCAAAUACUCAAAACUACAUAUUGUAGCUCUUUUAGUGUAAACUUUUUAAAUCCCUUCAAUGGUUUCUUGUAGGCAAGGUUCCUUUCCCAGCCUUUCAGGCUUUUCUUGGCCAAAUCAUGCUCACCCUUCUGUACUCCUUUUAGGUGUCAUUAUCACAAGAAAGCCUUCCCUGGUCUCUGAUCAUCUGGGCUAAAAUGUACUCUGUUUCAAAAGCCUAUUGUGUAGCGUUUAUAGUGUGUUUAAACAGCGAUGUGUUAAGCACCCUGUCUCCCUCUACUGUACCACAAGACCAAGAACAGGACCCACAUCUUAGUGUUGUAUUAAGGUUUAUUUUAACACAAUGUCUGAUCUGCAGUGAGCACUGAGUCAGUGUAAACUGAACUAAACUCACAAGCUUGUUUUUCCUUUAAAAAAUACUCCCAUUUGCCAAAGACCAUCAUUAAAGUGUGACUUCCAAAAUGAA